AUGGAGGACGUGGUGAAGCUGCACGCCGCCUGGUGCAAGAGUUUGCAGCAGGCCGUGGAGACGGAUGCGUGGGGGCAAGUGGUCGAGGCCGUGGAAGCCUACGAACGGUAUGAUGUUAUUGAGAAGGUCGUCGUGGCUUUGGAGAUGCGUGCCAAGUGUCUAAGCUCUGUCGACGGCCAACGGAAACCAACGAAGGAAGACAUGGAGGACGUCCUGGAUGGAGCAUUGUCGGAUGAGCCCGAGGUGUUCCCGCUCGACGUCACUCGAGCCAUGAGGUCCAAGACUCGUGAGUCCGUUAAAAAGGAGAUCGACGAAAUCGACGAUGGCGCUGCGGCGGAGCUGGUGGAUGCGACGUCUCAAGUGGCGGUGAUGCGCUCCCCCGGUGCGACGUACUUGGACAUCCGCAUCACCAAGAUCGGGCUGAAAGACGCCAGCGUGUACGUCAACCCCACUAUGGCAGUAUCGGUCUUCGACUACAGUGGCAAGGCGAUGGAGGAGACCCGAGAAACAGGAGCAGGGACCUGUAGUGAGCCUCGUCACGUGACGUUCAACGCGAACAUUCAGCUCGCCACGAAUUUGAGGAAGAUGGAGGACCAUGGAGGUGCAAUCACCUUCGAAUUCUUCCACUACAAGGCCAAGAAGCGCAAAAAGAGCUGCCGCUGCUGGGCGCUGCUAGAGCUGGAUGAGAUCAAGGACGGGCCGGUCGUGCUGGAGCUCUACCAGAAACCAAUGGAUCCGAAGCGCAAGCGUAUCCAUCUAUUCACCGAGAAAGAGCUCUAUCUGCAGCUGGAGUUGCGGCUGCAAAAGCUAUGA